GUCUUUACAAGCUGCCAGAAAACAACCCGGAGAACAAGAGCUGUGGGGCUCCAUUAACAAAGUCUGAUGUGGCUAGGUAAAUGAUAGCAAGGUAACACUAAUGGUUCUCAAUAGCGUAGGAUAUUUCUCCAAAUUACUAAUUCGUCAUGGGAAAAAGAGACAAUCGAGUGGUAAGUGAUUGUAAAUGUGAGAAAGUUGUUUAUCUGCACGCUAUCGCUUGGUAAGCUAAAUAAAAGCUGUACCUAGCGUUAGCUUAGCUGGCUAGGUGAUGUAUUCCUCCGCGUAUGCACUGUAGCCAGGCCUGGACUGUUUACCGCCACUUGUAACAUAUUUCUGUAUUUUGUCUUCUUUUAUUCAACUUACAGAUUCCAUGUUAAUGCUGCUUGGGUCACUUUGCAGUAUUGAAUAUAUUUAGUCUCUUCUAACUAAUUAGGUUUUGCAACUCAGCCUGUAUCAGGGAAUUGAGUGCUGUGACGCGGUGUUGUUGCGCAGUGUUUUUGUUUCCGUUGAACUAUAAACGGCCUUUAAGUUAAAAAAGAAAUUACACCUAAACAAUUACUCUACUAGUAUAAUGGUUUCUUAUCUGCUGGAAAAGAAACGCUAUUUUAAAUAACAUUUAUUGAUGUAUUUGUCCUGUCUGUCGUUGUCGUUUUAGUAUUUGCUUAGUUAAUGAGGAGAACAGAAUUGCACUCCUGGGUGUAAGGGUGUUAUUUAGGGUCUUCUUUGCAGUAAUCUUUUGAUUUCUAGGAUGGCCAUGAUGAUAAUGCACAAUACUUACACAAAAUGUGUUUUCACCUUACAUCAAUAGCUUCAAUAAAUGUACACUCACUCUUAACUGCAGUGUCUAAUACCCUGGCUUUUGGGAGCGUUUCCAUCCACAGAUUGAGUAAUGUUCAAAAAUCUUCCCUCUGUUUGGUGUCCAGGCUUACAUUAACCCCAUUGCUGCAGCACGAGCCAGAGGACCGGUACAGAACGCCGGACCAUCUAUACAAGAUUAUCUAAGCAGACCUCGACCAACAUGGUGAGUCAGUGACUGACUUAUUGGUGUUUGCUGCCAGCAAGUAACAGCAACCUCAGAGUUGCAUUCAUCUGAUUAUGAAUACAGAAGUGAUGUGUGGACUUUUGAAGCUGACCAACGGCUGAUCAUAUUUUUCAAAAGUUUAAACACUGAGGAUGUUGUGUAUCCAAAAAUUAAUGUUAAAUUUUUAAAUUACGCAAUUUUAGUUUUUUAUUUAUUUAUUUAGAUGAAUUGCCCGUGGCCUUGAAAAAUGUUAUGUGGUGUGACCAUAAUUUAUCUCAAAAUUAGUAAAUUUUUUCAACACACUUAAUAGUUUUUUACAAAUUGUCAGUAAUAUCAAGUAGAUAGAAACAAAGUGUUUGCCUUUCAUUUGAGUUUUUGUAAAUAAUGAUCUCACAUUUUAGCUCUAUAAUGUCAUGGUCACUAAAUUAAAUGUAGUUAACUGACAAUUUUUUUCUUUAAAUUGCAUAAUACUGAUAAAAAUGUUUUAAAACUACCUUUCACUUAAGCAUAUUGUAUCAGGUAUUAAUGUUUUGGUUACAGAAAUUAGAUAUUUUAGUUUGUAUUUAAUACAAUUAAUGUCAUUAUUGGUCACAAGUCACAACACAUGAUAUUUUGACACUUUGAAGUUCAGAAAAAUUACAAAUAAGACCUGAUUUUUGAAUGUUGAAGUGACUACAUAUAUGAGAGAGAAACUACAUAUAGAAAGUAUAUUUUUGUGCAUUUAAACUUUUUUUAACUUAAAAAAAAAUACAACCGGGCAGAAUAUUUAGGCGUCACGUCAUUGACCCAAUAAUAAUCUACUCUGCACUAUUGUCCAGUGCACAGGAGCAUCAAGCUGCUCUUGGUCUGUGGUAUUGUAUCAUACAAUUUGUACAGAAAUUUGACAUGCUCCCUUUAAUUGAUCUGAAGUGUACUUAAGCAUUUCUCCAGUAGAGGACCCUCUCACAACAUCACAACUUCGUACAUCUCAUAAAGAAUCCAUAUGUUCAUUGCUGAUCCAAGAGACAAAAUACAAGGCCUACUGUACAAUCUGCAAAGAUGAAGCAGUACACUCAAGUCUUAACAUACAUUUAUGCACAGAUAUAUCACUGUGACCGGUUAUGAGAUAUGAAAAUGUAUUAUAACUAGUUCAGAAAUCUUCCCUGCACCCUCAGCCAGGUACAGAAAUGAUUUGGGGCAUGAUAGCUCAAUUCUGUACUGGCAAAGACUGUAGGAUGGGUAAGUUUUUUUUUUUUUUUAUAACUCAUUACUUUUGACUAUAUUAAGGUUGUUGUUUAUAUCCAUUUCUUGAGGGGUUGAAGAUACUGUGCAUAGAAAAAACUGCAGCAAACUUGCAGUCAACUGGAUCCCCUUUUUGAAACAGGUCCAUUAACUGAUUUAUACUAUUUGAAAGAUCCAGGGUGCCACAGACCAGUACAGUCUGAUCUUGAAUUCUGGUACUACACUUCUACUACCUACGUACCUUAAAAAUCUUAUACCUUAAGAGCUGGUGUAGCUCAGGUGGCAGAGCAGGUGUUCAAUGUGCAGAAGCAGAAGUCCCUGUUGCAUAGACUGAAGGAUCAACUCUUACCCGGGACAGAUUAUGAUGGCAGUCAUCCCCCAUCAUCUCUCCACAUUUCCUGUCCCUCCUCACUGUCCUAUCAAAUAAACAUGUCAAUACAUCACCUCCUUUAUGGAAGAAGACUGGAAAUCUUUGUACUAGAGGAUCUUUAUGAAAUCAUAUGCUCUGGUUUGGGUCAAAUAUGUGCUGACAAACUUAACAACCUCGUCUUCACUGCUGCUGAUUUAUUGUCUCUCCAUCAGGGAGGAGUUAAAGGAGCAGCUGGAGAAGAAGAAGAAGGGCUCUCGAGCCCUGGCUGACUUUGAGGACAAAAUGAAUGACGUAUGUUUUUAUCUGUUAGUCUGACAUUCUUAUCUUCAAAUGUGGUUACCUGUUAACUGACUUGAUUUCUGUGGCUGUUAUGCAAGUUACGCAGUUUUAAGCGCUUUGUUCAGUGGAAUCUGUCUUUUUCCCUCUAUUUUUCUAUUUCUGUACAAAAGUGUCACUGCAUUAACAACUGGAGGCUUUUUUCACUGUUGUUUUCAGAAAUGGAGGCGAGAACUGGCGAAGAACAGAGAGAAGCUUUUAGGAGGAAGUGAAAAAGACAAAGAAAAGGAGAAAAAGAUUGUGGACAAGGAAAAGGAGGAGAAGAAAGAGAAAAAGGAGGUGUGUUGCGACUCAAAUCGUAGACAUUUAAAUGAUCUUCCUCUCUCUCUGUCUGGAAAUGUUCCUCACUUCUUUUUUUCUAUUUGUGUUCAGAAAAAGAAGAAAGAGAAGAAGAAAUCCAGUAGGGUGAGGAGAGACCUCCACUGUUUUGAUACCCUCACACACACACACACACACACACACACACACACACACACACACACACACAGCCUCUCCAGAGAUCGUCUCUUUUUGGGAUGUUGGCGAUCCAUUUCAAAUGACAAGUGAAUAACCUUAAGUCUAAUGAACCCUGCUUUCAUUGUGUUUUGGUCAAGCAUUCUUCAUCUUCCUCCUCCUCAUCGAGUUCUGAUUCCUCCAGCAGCUCCUCCUCAGAAUCUGAAGACGAGGUGAGUCUUUACGCGCUGCAUGGUCAAAAUAUCCAUUGAAGAGCUCCUAUUGUGAAGCUACAGAUCUAUCAGACCCUCAUCUCGAUAUAUGUGUUUGACACAGCAGGCAGGGUUAACGUUGAGUUUUUUUUUUUUGUUUGUGUUUAGGAUGAAAAGAAAAGUGUGAAGAAAAAGCGUAAGCGAAAAAAGUCAUCGGUCAGGAGAGCAUCAGACAGCUCAGAGGAAGAAUCCGACACUGACAGCAAGGUUUUUCUCUUGUUUUAUUCUCCUGUAGCAACAUUCAUUCCUCUGUUUCUUGACACUCUUAAUAGUCUGGUUGUGUUUAUUGAAAAUGUGAAGCCAAAAUAAAUGGCCUUUUAAUUCUCAUACAUUGAUCUUCAUGCUACUUUUCUUUCCAAGAAGAAAAAAAAAAGAAUCAAGGAAGAAGUGGACAAAGACAAGGUGAAUUAUUGUAUCUGUAAUGCUCUUGCAAUCUUUGCCUUUUUCCUCCAUUAACACCCUUUUAGUGCAGGUAUUUUAAACAAACAGACACAUUUGUGAUGACAGAUUUGUGUUCUCCAGGACGACAGGAGCCGUAAAAGAAAAAGGAAGGCUGAGCGAAGCUACAAAGACUCAUCAUCUGAGUCCUCUGUGGACUCUGAGGGAGAAGAGGUAGUCAGUUCUAACUGCUUUUAUUCACUCAUACACUGAUUACACUGUUAAUGAUUACACAACCAUCCCGCAUCUUCCUACUUCCUUUUUUAUGCCCUCUUUUUCUUGAUGAUUCAAACAAAGAAUAUAAUAGAAAACUUUCCUGGACCGUUAGCUGUUCAAAAAGAUUCACCCGUAUGUUCAACCGAAUUCUGCAAAAGCUUUGACCUCAGGUUAACCCUUCGAUUGACAAAUACUGUCAGUUCAGCUUGGGUCGCCGUUAACGUCACAUGAGUCAGACUUCUCUCUGUGCCUGAGAGAAUGAAAGAGAAGAGAGAGGCCCAGGCCAAACUCUGAGGCCCAGGCCAAACUCUGCCCCCCUUACUGGUUCUAAAACCAGGUUUGGAGUAUCUUUAGGGGAGAAGUGGCCCUUCAAAACAGAGCAGCAAGGUUUAGGAAUAAAAAUCUUAACUUGGGAAAUGGGACAGAACUUGUGUUGUAGUAAAAUUCCAGUCUGAUACAUUUAACAUGGAAAUAAGCGCACUCUAACUCAUGAAAGGAUCUACACAAAGGUUUUUUUUCUCUCUUUAGAAUGCUUGCAGUGAUUAAAAUCAGAUUACUUUUUUUAUUUUAAUCAACAUAAAAUUAAAAGACCUCCUGCCAGUUUCAGAUAUUAACAUGAUAAUUGGCAAAUGUACGAGUUUUUCCCUCCAAGACUGAGGCUGUUUUCCCUGCCUACAGAAGGUAAGAUAACAGGAGAAAAUAGAUGCAGCAAAAGCCAACAGUAACAAAGUGUUGGAACAGAGCAGCAGAGCGUACUAUCCAUUACUACACAGAACUUUCAAGAGAGGUAAAAUUGGCUCAAAUAUCUGCAUCAGAUUUGAAACUUAAGUGGUUCUGCUGCAAGCGCUUUUAGAAAUAAACGAGUUGUGUAAUUAUGAAGACAGUUGCAAAAAGUGGGCCUUAAAAUCCUUUUGCAAAUGAAGACUUUCGUUUUACUUGUUCUCACUUCAACUUUUUAUUUCCACAGGCUGAGGCUAAGAAGAAAAGGAGAAGUAGUGAGGAAAAAGAGAAAAUUACAGUGAGUGUCAUUACUACAGAGUAAAACAAAGAAUGUAGAAAUGGUGAAAGAGUACAGAAAAGAUUUUGAUUUUUGCUGUUGUAGUUCAGUCAGGGUGGAAGGUAACACAGCUCUGGAAAAUUAAGAGACCUCUGCAAACAUGUUCUCUCUGGUUCUCCUGUUUUGGGUUUGUGUUUGUGUAAAAAGACAUUAUAGAAUACAGUAGUUUGAUUUGCAGAAAAUGGCAAAUGGAGACGAUCACAGAGAUGCAGUAAGUUUCAGAGUUUAAAUUUUGUAUAAAAAUUAAGGUCAUAUUCAUGUCCAAGAGUGCAGAAUAGUGAUGCUGGAAUUCAAGAGUUGAGAAAUCAGGAUUUGACACUCCCAAGUGAGCACUCAGCAGGAUUUCAACUUUGACGUAAUUGUUCAAAUCAGAUCAGCGUGAUAACACCAACAUGAGAUAAAAAACAGAAUUUUGUAGCUAAAUUUGAUACCCCCCUUAUAAUUGCACAUCGAGGACAACAGAAAUGAUCAUUAUGACUGCGUUUCUUCAAAGUUUCUCCCAGUGGUCAAUAAAGUCUUGUCUAUGUAAUUUUGAGCUUCUAUACAAAAAUCCUGAAUUCUGCACUCAAUGGGGCAAAAAAGUUGAGAGAUGUCAUAAAGAGAGCAUUUGUAAUCACUAAAAUAAGCUCAUACACUCUUACUUCAAAGACAGAAAGACCACAGGAUGCUGCCAUAGUCAGUUAAUAUGAAAUGACUUUGUGAGGCUACAGAUUUCAAUAGAUAUUGGUGGUGAGUGGAGUCCAUUUUAGGCAGCGGGCAUUUGCAGCCUAAUUGUGCAAAUCGAUUUUUGGUGGCAGCUAUGAAAGCCUGCUCACUUUUCUCAUCAUUGAUUGAUUGAUUUUCAAAUGAGUGUGUGAUAAAUCUUGUGGUAGAACAGACUCUCAACUGAAAUAUGGUACAAAGACAGAAAUUGAAUCAACAUUUGUAAAAAAAAAAAAAAAAACUUCUGGUGCUUUAACUCUUAUGUUUUGUGUUCACAGGACAAAUCGAAGAAGAAGAGGAAAAAGAAGCACAAGAAGCACGGCCGAAAAAAGAAAAAGAAGGCAGCGUCACAUUCAGACUCUGAGCUCGACUAACGACAGUAGCUGUACAGUUCUCUCAUCGUCCUGACAGUUCUCUAGUAGUGCUAUUAUUGCCUUUGACUUUAAAACUUCUCCCGCCCAGCCUGACACCAACACACUUCCAAUGCUGGAGUUCUGUGAGUGAAGAGAAACUGAGGGGGAGGCCUCUGUCCCCCAAAGUGGCAACUACUGGUACAUAUCCUCUGUUGAUUUUUACCACCAUACUUUUUGUAGAAGAUCGCUCUUUGAGUUAAUCUCAGCUUCAGGACCGAAGUGAUUUUUUUCUCCCCUGCUUAUAUCAGAGAUCUUAAUGUGGCAGGCGCUUCCUUUCACUGUCGGUAUGCUGGCCCUCUCGGAGCGACUCUCUGCUUCAUACACAACGUUUCACAUUUCUAGCGGCGAGAUGAGGCUGUUGUGCUAGUGCCUGAGUCAUGCAUGUAGACCUGAUGGAUCUGAUGUCUCGCCAGCCUCAUAUUGAAGUUGGAACUAUUGGAAAUGUGAGCUUCACAGUCGUCAUUUAUACAAGGGAUAACUGUUCAAUAAGUUACACUGCUGUGUAAAUGUAUAAACUAUGGGAAUUCAUUAAUAAAGUAUUGUUUUAGCCUUUAUAGCUGGUACUAUAGUUA